AACAAGUUUAUAGUCUCUCUCUUUUGAGCUUCUGAAUUUGUUUUUUCACUGUUUCAGAUGAAUACAGUCAGACCCAAAUCGGCUCCGAUCAAGAAGAGCAAGCUUUCCAGGACGUUCCACAAGGUCAUCAGCCUCCGAGCCGCGACCAAAAUCGCUUCCAACAAUGGCAUUUGCAAGCUCAAACCCAACACCAAGGCCACCAAAGAGGAACACGAUAUCGAAAAAAUGGAGGAUCUUAAAGCCAAGAACAGGGCAGUCAUGGAGGCUUUACUUGCCAAGCUCUUUGCCGGAAUCACUUCCAUUAAAGCAGCUUAUGCCGAGCUCCAAAUGGCGCAGAACCCUUACAACAACGAAGCCAUUCAGGUGGCUGACCAGGCCGUAGUGGACGAGCUCAAAGCCAUUUCGGAAAUGAAGCGCAGCUUCCUUAAGAAAGAGCUCGAUCUCUCUCCUCAGGUGACUCUAAUGCUCGCCGAGAUUCAAGAGCAACAGGGACUAAUGAAGACGUACGAGAUCACCAUCAAGAAACUCGAGCUAGAAGCUCAGCGCAAAGCCUUCAGUCUUUCCGAACUCCAAUCCGAACUCGAAGAACUACUCGCAACCAACAGAGGCAUCGAAUACAAGCUCAAAUCCAGCGGCCCGCUCUCGAUCUUCGACAACCUCCGCCUCUCAAAACUAACACCAACGCAUUUCGCGCAGUUUCAUCAGCAGACCGUAAGAUCCAUACGAAGCUUUGUGAAACUAAUGAUCAAGGAAAUGGAGUCUGCAAGCUGGGACCUCGACACAGCCAUCAAGUUCAUCGAGCCAGAAGCAGAGUUCACUAAGCAAAGCCAUCGCUGCUUCGCGUUCGAGUCUUUCUUUAGCAAAACCAUGCUCGAAGGCUUCACUAACCCAAACUUCGGACUCCCUAGUACUCACAAAACACAACACUACUUCGACCAGUUCAACAACCUCAAACAAGCAAACCCAAAGUCCUUCAUCUCCCAGAACCAAACAGCUUUGUUCUCUAAGUUCACAAGAGCCAAGUACCUCCAACUAGUCCACGCCAAAAUGGAGUGCUCCCUCUUCGGGAACUUAAACCAGAGAAAGCUCAUAAACUCCGGCGAGGUUCCCGAUACGCCGUUUUUCGAAGCCUUUGUUGAGAUGUCCAUGCGGGUUUGGCUUCUCCACUGCUUGGCCUUCUCGUUCGGUCAGCAAGUCUCGAUCUUUCAGGUCAACAAGAACCGCAGAUUCUCAGAGGUGUUCAUGGAGUCCGUCACCGUCAACGAUUCCGAUACCGAGUUUUCAGUCAGCUUCACCGUCGUGCCGGGGUUCACAAUCGGGAAGAUGUUGUUCCAGAGCUUGGUUUACUUGUCUCCGGUGAGUAGUAGUCUCCGGCGAAUAUACAGCUAGCUCCGGUGGUUCUAGGCAGUAGUAGUUUAUGUCAGUGAUGAUGAAUGAGAGCCGUUGGAUUUGGAUGCGGGUCCAUAGAGGUAAGUGUAGGCUAGCUCUCUUAACUUGUGUUUCACUUUUCACUGGAGCUUGUCAUGUCACCCUACCUGAGGUGAGCUAAGCAAUUCAGCAUAAGCAUAUUUUCUGCAACGAUGGCAUUUGGGGUCCAUUUGUGAAAUUUGGUCAGAGAGGAUAUGA